AUGAAAUACACUAAAUGCAAUUUUAUGAUGUCAGUUCUUGGCAUUAUAAUAUAUAUGACUGACUUAAUUGUCGACAUCUGGGUAUCUGCUAAAUUUUUCCGUGAAGGACAAUAUAUUUUUGGUGUUUUAACAUUAAGUUUCAUGCUUUUUGGAACAUUUGUGGUCCAGUGCUUUAGUUAUUCUUGGUUCAAAGCUGAUUUAAAGCAAGCAGGCCAAGAAAUUCAGAAUUGUUUUCUUCUACUUCAUUGCUUGCAAGGGGGAGUCCUUACAAGGUAUUGGUUUGCUUUGAAGAAUGGUUACCACAUAGCUUUCAAAUAUAGCAACAAAGCUAAUAAUGUCAUGGAAGAGCAAAUUGAUCCACUUAAAGAAGUUAUAGACAGAGUGACGGAUUUGAGCAUGCUUAGGCUGUUUGAGACCUACCUGGAAGGCUGCCCUCAACUUGUUCUUCAGCUCUACAUCUUUCUAGAACAUGGUCAAGCAAACUUCAGUCAGUAUUUGUCCAUCAUGGUCUCUUGCUGUGCUGUUUCUUGGUCAACUGUUGAUUAUCAAAUAGCUUUAAGAAAGUCCUUGCCCGAUAAAAAUCUGCUUAAUGGAAACUGUGCCAAAGCCACAUAUCUCUUUUACAAGUUAUUUACAUUGUUAUCAUGGAUGCUUAGUGUUGUACUUCUUCUAUUCUUAAAUCUUAAAAUUGCUUUAAUUUUAUUGUUGUUUCUCUGGCUUUUAGGUGUAAUGUGGGCAUUUAAGCAGCAAACUCAGUUUUGUACUUCUUUAAGUAUGGAAUUCUUAUAUAGGAUUGUUGUUGGAUUCAUUCUUAUUGCUACAUUUUUUAAUAUUAAGGGCCAGAAUACCAAAUGUCCAAUGUCCUGUUAUUAUAGUGUAAGGGUACUGAUCACCUUGGGGAUACUGAUUGUGUUCUGGGUUUAUCCACUCCAUGUUUUUAGUUCAGAAUAUUUUAUAACUAUCAGUAUCACCAUAAUUCUUUCUCUGCUCCUUGGAAUUACCUUUCUUAUUGUUUAUUAUGGGAUUUUUCACCCAAACAGAAUUGAAGAAACAAAAUUUGAUGAAGUUGAUGGAAAAUCAAUUCAAAGAGGUUGUAGAAUGAGGUAUUUCCUGAUGGAAUAAGCUGUUCAUUUGUAAGAUUAAAAAAAAAUUGCUUCACUGAUUAGCAAAAAAAAUGCAUGUUGUACAUAUAUGUGUUAUCUUCUUUUUAUUUAUUUACUUUGGGAUCAAAUGUGAUACAGUAAUUGUAAUGUUAAUUUAUUUUGUUAAAAUAAAAAUCUUGUUUGAUUUUGAAGGUCUUGAGUACUGAGAUGUUUGCUUACUGAGUGAGUGGCAGAGCAGCCAUCUUGGGUCUGACCUGGAAGAAGCGAUCUGGUUCCCAAAGGCUGUCAUUGAGCUUCUGUCCACCUUUUUUUCAUUGUUCCCGAACUA